GCUGUCAACAAAGCACACGUCAGUUUUCACGCAUUUUGCCAACAAAAAAAAAGAAACAGAAAAAAAACUUUCCCAAAAGUGUUUUCCUACACAAAACACUUAACAUUCUUUAAAGGCAAAUUACGUGUUAUCUUUACAAAAUAAUGAUUUUAAGAAUAUCCCAAAAUACUUUGAAUUCGCGUCAUGUUUGUAGCAAUUUCUAACACCAAUCGUUUCAUGCAAACAACCCGGAAGAUGUUACAGUCGCAUUACAUCAAUAUUCUCAUCUUCCUAGCUGGAACAUUCGUAUCAUUGGUUUUUUUCGAAUUUUUCCGCAAUGGAUUCAAUCACAAACAUUCCCAAUUGAUGUAUGUUCCCGACGAGAGAUAUCUACAAGUUAUUGAUGAAUUUACAACAAUUUCACGAAGAGAUCCAACCCAUUUGAGCAAUAAAAGGGGUGGAUUUAAUGAUGACGAUUCACACGAACAUGAAGCAAAUACAAAAGAGGCUCUGCGCUCUCUGAAGUUGGCUCAAGAGAUGAAGGCGUCAGGCAAAGAUGACAAAGCAAUGAAACUGUUUGAACAUGCUUUUGCCUUGGCGCCAAAGAAUCCAGAGGUCCUAGUUAGAUAUGGAGAAUACCUCGAACACAACAGGAGAGAUAUACUUACCGCAGAUCAAUAUUACUUUCAAGCAUUGACAAUCAAUCCCAGUAAUAGUGAGGCAUUAGCUAAUCGCCAAAGAACCGCAUCCAUAGUUCAAACUAUCGACGAGAGGCGUCUUCAAACAUUGGACAGAAAGAGAGAUGCUCUAUCUGCCAUUCACGAAGCAAAUUCGGCCUUGAGACGAGCCAAGAAAGAAGCUUAUUUUCAACACAUUUAUCAUUCAGUUGGAAUAGAGGGUAACACCAUGACUUUGGCUCAGACCAGAUCGAUUUUAGAAACUAGAAUGGCUAUCGAUGGCAAGUCAAUUGAUGAGCACAAUGAAAUUCUGGGUCUUGACUUGGCCAUGAAGUACAUUAAUGCCAGUUUGGUUAACAAAAUGGAAAUUACUCUAAAAGACAUAAUGGAGAUCCAUCGAAGGGUUUUGGGUCAUGUCGAUCCCAUUGAAGGUGGAGAAUUCCGUAGAACUCAAGUUUAUGUCGGUGGCCAUACACCACCAGGCCCAGGAGAUCUUUCGAUUCUUAUGCGAAGAUUCGAAGGAUGGCUGAAUUCUGGAGAAACGAUGUCGUUGCAUCCAAUUAAACAUGCUGCACUUGCUCAUUACAAACUUGUCCACAUUCAUCCAUUCAUCGAUGGAAAUGGUAGAACCUCGCGUCUUCUUAUGAACACAAUGCUUAUGAGAGCUGGCUAUCCCCCCGUAAUAAUACCAAAGCAACAACGUCACAAGUAUUAUCACUUCCUCCAGUUAGCUAACGAAGGCGACAUCCGCCCAUUUAUUCGUUUCAUUGCUGAUUGCACAGAAAAAACUCUGGAUCUGUAUCUUUGGGCAACAAGUGAUUUACCCCAACAGAUACCAAUGUUAGAGCAAACAGAUUUCAUUGGAGAUAAUAAUAACAAACCAUCAGCAAGAUUCAAUGCAAAUGACAAUGAUGUAGAUCAAUCAGGAUCGGGAUUCUCAGAUUUAAAUAAUAGUUUCCUAUAAAAACAGAAACAAACGCACUUUUAAAUUAAAUGAAUCGUCUUAAGAUAAACAAAACCAACAAAAUAAAAAAACACAAAAUAGUAAAACUACGUCUGUGAUCUUAAGCUUACAUAGAAAAUUUACAUUAAAAAUGUAAUAACUUAUUGUAUUAAAGAUAACAUCAGUAAAUUAUUUGUAUUUAUAUAUUUUUUUCCUUGGAAUUAUAUUUUUAUUUCAAAUUUUCAAAAAAAAAUAAUUAUUGUAAUAAACAAAAUUGUUAAAUGUCUCAAGGAUCGAUUGUGAUUUUUGGUAUAUGUGAGUUACGAAAUAGCACAUUAUAAACUGUUAUAUUGAC